AUGGCAACUGUUACCAAAGGCGGUGCCAUGGCAACGGGGGAUGCCACGGCAACUGAGACUGCUGUUAUGGCGACUACAAAUGACCAUCAGCUAGUGACCAUUGCUACAGGAACAACUAGGGAUGACUGUACCAUGGCUGUCUCCGCUGUGGGUGAAAGCGGAACCAUAGUAACCCGGUCCCUGGUGCGUGUUCUGGUGAGGGCCACAGUGAGGCACCACACCAGGGUCACCUACAUCCGCCUGGAGGGGUCCCAUGACACCGAGAGUGAGGGCGAGGCCAUGUCGUCUGGGGCGAUAGCAGCUCCACAACUCCUCCUCCGGUCGGAACUGAGCUUUGUGAUGUCAUCGUCGGUCCUCCUCUCUUCCCCCAGAAGCAUGUCUACUCCCGUGUCCCCGUCCCCCUCCCUGUCCCCCCUGACCCUGGCCUCCCCCGUGGCCACCCCUGGGGCCUCUCCCCUGCCCUCCCCCCUCUCCCCCCCUCCCAGGGUGCCAGUGUUCCAGAGGAAGGGGGCGCUGAAACACAAGAGGAUCAUCGAGGUCAAGGACCACCAGUUCACCGCUCGCUUCUUCAAACAGCCCACCUUCUGCAGCCACUGCACUGACUUCAUCUGGGGAAUUGGAAAGCAGGGAUUUCAAUGUCAAGUGUGCAGUUUCUCUGUCCACAAGCGAUGUCACGAGUAUGUAACGUUCACCUGUCCUGGAGCCCCCACUGCUCCUUCAGAAGACUUGAAGAGUAAACACAGAUUUCGACCUCAGACCUACACUUCUCCAACGUUCUGUGAUCACUGUGGUUCUCUGCUCUAUGGCCUUAUCCAACAGGGCAUGAAAUGCUCCUGUUGUGAGAUGAAUGUCCACAAGCGUUGUGAGAGCCUGGUGCCCAGCCUGUGUGGUCAAGAUCAUACAGAGAAGAGAGGCAGGAUCCACCUGACCGUCCGGGGAGAGAACGAGGACAUCUUCAUCACAGUGCGGGAGGCUCGUAACCUGAUCCCCAUGGACCCCAACGGCCUGUCUGACCCCUACGUGAAGCUCAAGCUAAUCCCUGACCCCAAGAGCCAGAGCAAACAGAAGACCAAGACUAUCCGCUCCACACUCAACCCCGUCUGGAACGAGAGCUUCACUUUCUCAGUGCGCGGGCGGCAGUGGGACCGUCGUCUGUCGGUGGAGGUGUGGGAUUGGGAUCGUACGUCUCGGAAUGACUUCAUGGGAUCGCUGUCGUUCGGAGUGAGCGAGAUAUUCCGUCACUCAGUUAGCGGCUGGUUCAAACUGCUGGAUCAGGAUGAGGGAGAGUACUACAACAUGCCUGUCCCUGACGAAAAUGAGCCUAGUGGUCUAGAUGCUAUUCCCCCAUCCCUUCUCCCCCCCUCCCUGAGGCCUUCCCCUGUGUCUGUGUCUGUCCCUGUCCCCGUGUCUGUCCUGUCCCCCUCUGCCCCGUCAGUCCCCUGUCUGGUCACCUUACCUGCAGGACCGGUCAAGCCCAGGGUUUGCCUCCAGGACUUCAACUUCCUCAUGGUGCUGGGAAAAGGCAGCUUCGGAAAG